GAAGUUCUCAACUAUCUCUAACGAGCAAUUGUUGUACAUCAUUAAAGCUGGAAAUACUUUAUUUUCUAUAAUCUCACCUUUGCAACGCUUGCAUAUAAACUGAAUGUCAGCUCUUAACCUUCCACCAAUACUACUGCACUUCUUAUGUACCCAAUGCUUGCAAGUCUGACAAAAAAUUGAGUUACUACCAACCCCUUUCCUGCAAACUCCACAAGGCCACUUUCCAACUACAACUACCCACAAGUUUAACCCUUUGCAGCAUCACCAAAAUAUUUAAAAGGACGACGAUGUUUAAUCUACAGUGAACGUUCUUGAAAAAAAGAUUGAAAUAUAUAUAUAUAUAUAAUAAUUAUUUCAUAUUUUCUUUCAUUUGCAAAACUAAUGUUCCACAAGCAUUUUUUAUUCAGGUUUUUUAAUUUUAAACGUUUCAUAAGAUUUUCUUUACACAGAAUUUUCUCCUAAUUAAGGUAUAUGGGAAGUAGAAUUUUAUUUGUAAAAUCUUGUCUAGUAAGUUAGUAAGUAAGUAAUAGUAAUACAGCAUAAAAUAUUAAAACACGAAAUAAAUGCAAUAAGCGUGUUUCAUUUUUAGCUUUAAGUUAUAUCAUUGGAGGUUUAAAGGUGGAAAAUGAUUAACCAGAGAAGAAGCAAAAGAUGUAAAAUUGACCACAAGGAAGUGGCAAAAAAUUACUGUAAAAGUAAAACUGAUCAAAAAGGAUUCGAUUUAGUGUACAUAAACGAUAAUAUAGGGUACGGCGUUUUCACCACAAAAACAUUUUACAAAGAGGAAUUUCUUCUUGAGUACCCUGGCCCAUUAAUUUCUGCAGCACUGGGCAGAGAAAGACAAGAAAGCUACUCAGCUCACCAUGGGUCGUAUUUGUUUUUCUACAACAAUACAUGGACAAACGCACUCAGAUGCCGUAUACUUUGGAUAAGUUUGAAAACCAGGUAGA